AUGCAGAAGAAAAAAGUGGUCGAAAAGUAAGUUUAAAUAUUUGUUUUGGCUAAAUAAGUUGUUUUAGACAGGUUACAGCAGCUGAUCGAACUAAAUUGAGGUUCCUGAGCUACAUUCGUUCCAAGAAAUGGUUCCAGGAGAUGGAAAAGGAGGCGGGUUUGAGGAGCGAGCCAGAUGUAAGAAUAUUUUUGAGCGUUUUUUGGAUUUACAGAAUUUUUCGAGAGGUUACGGUAGGAAUUUCCGAAAAUUGGCUUUUUCUUGUAAGAGUACCAGGUAAAUUGAAAUAUUUUCCGGCCAUGAUGCUCGUGUUCGGCCCCAAAUUGUUUUCCAACAGAAACGUCAGAUCUCUUGCAGAAAUCCUGGGGCCUGUCCCACUAACAAAGCGUAGCGCGAAUCACGAAUUGGAAGCGCGAAAAAUCAUGCAAAAGCGAGAGAGGUGAGAGAAAAAGCGGGCUCUCUCGGAAAUCCGCGCUACGGUUUUUUUGUGCUAAAUACCGAAAUGUGUUUACUUUUUUGGCUGUAACUCCUUUCAAUGACGUCCGAUUUACAUGAUUUCAAAAACCAUCAACAGAGAAGACACACAGCUUCCAGAAAACGUAAAUUUUGUCUGCUUUGACGCGGAUUAAAGCUCCCCGCCAAGACGAAUUACAUUUUCCUCCUCAAGAAUCACGAUUCCAAAAUGUCGUAUUUUCAAGUAAAAUGUAUCCUUAAACUACUCAUCAUAACCCCCAAAGCUGAUAUUGUCAUUUAUCAGCCCAAACUGCCCCUUCCAAGCCCAAACUGCCCAUUCCAAGCCCAAUUUUGAUCUCCCCUUGCCAUAAUUAGUUUGAAUCACAAAAACAUUUACGUUUUAAAAUAUUUUUUUGGCAGGGCAAAUUUGGGCUGAUAAAACCGCCCCAGUCCCUCUGGGAGACGAAUCGAGCAAUUUUUAAAAAAAAAAAUUUUAAAACGUAAAUGUUUUUGUGAUUCAAAGAAAUUAUGGCAAGGGGAGAUCAAAAUUGGGCUUGGCAGGGCAAAUUUGGGCUGAUAAAACCGCCCCAGUCCCUCUGGGAGACGAAUCGAGUAAUUUUUUAAAAAAAAAAAUUUUAAAACGUAAAUGUUUUUGUGAUUCAAACAAAUUAUGGCAAGCGGAGGUCAAAAUUGGGCUUGGAAUGGGCAGUUUGGGCUUGGAAGGGGCAGUUUGGGCUGAUAAAUGACAACAUCAGCUUUGGGGGUUAUGAUGAGUAGUUUAAGGAUACAUUUUACUUGAAAAUACGACAUUUUGGAAUCGUGAUUCUUGAGGAGGAAAAUGUAAUUCGUCUUGGCGGGGAGCUUUAAUCCGCGUCAAAGCAGACAAAAUUUACAUUUUCUGGAAGCUGUGUGUCUUCUCUGUUGAUGGUUUUUGAAAUCAUGUAAAUCGGACGUCAUUGAAAGGAGUUACAGCCAAAAAAGUAAACACAUUUCGGUAUUUAGCACAAAAAAACCGUAGCGCGGAUUUCCGAGAGAGCCCGCUUUUUCUCUCACCUCUCUCGCUUUUGCAUGAUUUUUCGCGCUUCCAAUUCGUGAUUCGCGCUACGCUUUGUUAGUGGGACAGGCCCCUGAUUCCUUCAUUUCAAAUUCUCCUAUACUCCCCGCCAAAAGUUUUGACCCCCCUUCUAACUCGGCCCAAAGUGUACCAAUUUGGACCCAAUUUGGUACGUAGUCUACUGAUAACCUUGUAGUAAAAAAUAUCAUAGUGGGACAAACCAUAUAGCUGUAUUUCAAAAUCCAGGGACAAUUUUCAAAAAUCACCUCAAAAAACGGGACAAAAGUUUUGACCCCCCUGCAAAAAAAUGAAAUAUCGCCAGCGGAGGUAACGAGAACCUUUUGGAACCUGUGUCCCAUACCUGAACAUGGGUUAAUAAAUGCUUUUUUGUUGAAUGCUUCGUUGCAUUUGAUGAUGCAACGCGUUAAACUGAUUUUGAUGUAGAGCUGCCCAAAAUGGUAAAAAUCUUGUACUUUCGCUUUCUAAAAGUUUCAAAUUAUGUUCACAUCAUGUGAUUUUGACGUGUUAUAACCUGCAUUAAUCUUUUAUUUUCGAAAAAAGUCCAUGAUGGCCUAGCGGUAUCGAUUCGGCCGAUAUCCAGUUGUCAUGGUCAGCCUUGGUGAGCCAUUUGCUCUUUGACUAAAGGUCUAGAUGGGGUCGCUGGGUCCUCAAUCUAAUCCUGAGACUUGUGUCUACCCUCAAAACAAGAAUAAACCCCCGCUGACACGAUCCCAAAUGGUUUGUAGAUGCAACUUUACCGAUCUGCACCUUAAAGAAAAACCCACGUUUUUCAAAUGGAUUUUUUGCGAACAAAAACGGCUUUCAUUUGAUGGGCCAGGUAAUUUACGACGCUACAGCACCCGCCAUACUCAUUUGAGACGUAUGGAACGCCAAAUGGGCGGUGGGGAUGGCAUCGUACUCGGGGGCAUCUACAGUAACGGCAAACUUAAGAUUAAGGUGAAUGAAACCUAUUCCAAAAUGUGUCAAAUCGAAACCUUUGUCCCUGCUGAGAGUAAAUAGGAGUCUCAGGAUUAGAUUGAGGACCUAGCGACCCCAUCUAGACCUUUAGUCAAAGAGCAAAUGGCUCACCAAGGCUGACCAUGACAACUGGAUAUCGGCCGAAUCGAUACCGCUGGGCCAUCAUGGACUUUUUUCGAAAGGAAAAGAUUAAUGCAGGUUAUAACACGUCAAAAUCACAUGAUGUGAACAUAAUUUGAAACUUUUAGAAAGCGAAAGUACAAGAUUUUUACCAUUUUGGGCAGCUCUACAUCAAAAUCAGUUUAACGCGUUGCAUCAUCAAAUGCAACGAAGCAUUCAACAAAAAAGCAUUUAUUAACCCAUGUUCAGGUAUGGGACACAGGUUCCAAAAGGUUCUGGUUACCUCCGCUGGCGAUAUUUCAUUUUUUUGCAGGGGGGUCAAAACCUUUGUCCCGUUUUUUUGAGGCGAUUUUUGAAAAUUGUCCCUGGAUUUUGAAAUACAGCUAUAUGGUUUGUCCUACUAUGAUAUUUUUUACUAAUAGGUUGUCACUUGACUACGUGCCAAAUUUGGUCCAAAUUGGUGCACUUUGGGCCGAGUUAGAAGGGGGGUCAAAACUUUUGGCGGGGAGUAUAUUUCUCGAUUUUUAAUCAUUUUCCAAGUUUUCAGAAGCCGAACCUCGAAUAUUCACGAAGUGAUUUGAUGCAAAUCAACUUUGAUCCCAAUUUCAACGUUGACGCCUGGGAUUACUUGGCCGACUUAGACCACGAUUUUAAAAAGAUAAUCGCUGAGGAAAGAGAUGUCACCAAACGAAUUGCUGCCAAAUUCUGGCAGUUGAGGGAGAGCCGCAAAAAAUAUCUCUUGUGUGGCCUUAGAGGGCAAAAGGCCAGUAAAUCCGUGGAAAACAAACGGCUGAAAGCGGACUAUAAGAAUCUGAAGGAGGAGAAGAAAGAGCUCAAAGAGUGUUUAAAAGAGAUCAAGCACUUGAAUAGUAAGUCUGAUGGCACAAAAAGCUUCGUAGAAGUCCUGUAUAUGCCCCGGGAAAGUUUUACCUAACAAUAAGUACAUAUUUGUCAAGUUUGAUUUGUCAAGUUUGACUGAAUCAUUUACAGAUAUUCUGAAGCCGUAUGCCAAGCAAAUUGAAGCCAAGAGACGCGCAGAAGAAGCCUUUAGAUCUUUUGGCCCAACAAAAUCGUCAUUGGAAACUGUUCCGAAAGAUUUUUUGUAAGUAAUAUUUCUCGAGGUUACUGUAAAAUACGCCAUGGUUAUUACAAAACAAAUAUUGUACACGCUUCAGCGAAGUCUUGCGAGAGAUUGAAGAGAAAAAAGAUCAGCCAAUCUCUAGAUUCUCGCAAAUCGAAGAGAAAAUCCCAUCUUCUGAUGACUCAACAUCUGAUUCUUCGUUUUUGGACCCACCAGUGUUUAUAUGUAAGUUUGGGAGUUUCGGUUUGGCCUUAGACAGUCUUAUUUUUUUAGUUGAGGUCUCACAUAGCGAUGAAGUAACAUUUAAAUCCGAUAAUGAAGCCCCCGAUUCGAUGGUUUGGAACGACGAUUACCUCUCUGAUUACAUCAUUGACGUUUAUAACAAAUGUCUGUAA